AUGGAGAAAAUGUCGACUAAUGAUGAGAAUAUAAAUAUCGUGGACGGUCAACCAAAAAGUGCAAAUAUACAUGAACUAGUGGUCAACAAAAAUAAGGAAUACGUAAUAGAAUACAUCGACAGAGAAGGGUGCAAUGGAAUAACAGCCCGGGCGAAUGAGAUAUUCUUACAAGAUGCUAAAAGUAAAAAAAUUUCAAGAGGUACAGACGAAACGAUUGAAAAAUACUUCCGAAACCCGAUGAACCAGCACUCUCUUAGAAUUCGUCAACCGAAUGAAAGCAAUCAGGAAAAAGGCGGAUAUGAAAGGAUUCGCGUGAUAAAGUGUCUUGAUUCACAGGAAAAUGAAAACGAAAAUGGGAAUACCUUCGAGCGUGCUAGGCGAAUUCCUAAGAAGAAACCUCUAGAGGAGUCCCCAGUGAUCAAGUAUAGUCCAGCACUGAUAUCUGUCAAUGAAAAAACCACUCGGAACAAUGACGAAGAAUUAUCGAGAUCGGGAUUGAGGAAGAAAUGCCUUCAAAAAGACAACACGCGUAAAACCUUGAAAAAAACGUCAAUCCUUACACAAAAACAACUGACCUAUGACUUUACAGAAAUAUUACCGAUAAACAAGGAGAACCGCCAGGCCUUAAAAUUACAACGUCAUUCAGUCCACGAUGAACGGAGUCAGGAUGACGAGAGUAUGGAAGAGGAACCGUUGGCUCCUCGUAAAUGGAAAAAAAUUUUGAGAAUUGCAUCUUCAUCUGACGACGACGAUGACAGUAAUGACGACAAUAAUACAAACGAAACCAAUAUACCAAUUUACUGCGAAAAAAAAGCAGAUGAUAUCGUCAAUGGAAGGGAGGGACGAGAAACCAGUAUGGAAGACCAAAUAUUCAAUGAGGCAAACCGUGACUUGAAUCACCUCAAUGAAAAAGUUUUAUCAAUCCACGAUGAUGGACACGCAUUGAAAAAGCAUAAUUCUAUACCGGUAGACGAAACACCAUUCGAGUAUGACAAGGUUCAAAAAACCAGGUUGACAUUCGCUGUGGAAAGUCAAAAAGCUAUUGAAGACAACGAUAAUCCCAAUGAUGGGAACGGUUACUAUAAAGCGAUGCGUGAGAAGGAAAUCUUAAUGGAAAAACUUGACGAUGUUCAUGUCGUGGCGUCCACAAACGAGGUCCAAAAUAUAAUAGGCGGAAGAAUACACGUAGAGUUGAAAGAGUAUACGGAACUCACAAACGCAAAUAUGAGAGUUACCGAUAAGAGCGCUGGCGAGACGGCAGUCAGGGAUGAAUGUGACAACAUUGAAAACGACAUCGAGACUCAAUUGCAACGCAUUCACGAAGAUGUUUCAACGGUAGCUCCCAUUAAAAAACCAACUGUUACUGAAACAAGAAUAUUACGCAAGGGUGAAAGCGUACUCAUGAUGAGCCAAAGACAGUAUGCGACAACGAAUUCCUGUAUGGCUAAUGAAAAGGUAGCAGUAAAAGCUUAUGAAACUCCGAUCCGGAAAGGAGGCCCGCGAAGAUUCAAAUUAGAAUUCCCAAUGGACCCAUCGCGGAAUUCUGUGGGAACAGACUGUAAUGUUAAUCAAAAUAAAGAUAAAUCUCUACGUCGGGAGGCUCGAGAAAUUACGACUUGGUGCAACGAGUCAAGCAGUGGUGAGGAACAAACGGAAUCGAAUAGAAACGUAAUAACCUCGGUACAGCAAGUGAUUCAAACAAUGGGUUCAAAUAAACAAAUGAGCGAGGAACGGACGAAUAAAAAUUGCAGAUUACCUCGAGACAAAAAAACAAAAACGAAAGCUAAAUUGAAAAACAAGGAAUGCGACGGAAAAAGAUACUUGGGUAAAAAGGAGGAAGAAGAUUUGUAUGACUUAAUUGAUGAUGACAGAGAGACCCAGAAUGCAUCGAUAUCGUAUGAUAAAACUACGAUCGUCAAAGAAAUUGUACCGAAAGUAGCAUCGAUGGAAAAAAAAAGGGUUACCGAUGGAAACCGGGAAUACACAAAGGACAAUUAUCGUCAAAAAGGUAAAAUUGAAUAUAAGAAGGUUUAUAAAUAA